GUCGUACCUGUUUCGUUUGCAAAUUAAAAUAAUUUGCUUACCGUGAAGACUUAUAUUAACAUAUGGUUACAAAGUCAUCAGAAACUGAACCGAAAGUGAAGCUGCUGAAAAAAGUGUGUGAAAAUAAGAAAGAAAUUGUAUGAAUUUUUCAGCUGCCAAUACGAAGCAAGGCACAAAGAGCAAAUAAAAGAAACAAUGAGCGAGCGAAACAGCACCAUCGUGUGAUAGCUAGUGCAACUCUUCUUUCCAAAUAAAACAAAACAAAUGAGAAACAAAGGAUAGAAACCCCGAAAACUCCGCACACUCACACGCACACAAAUACAUACAAUAGGAAGAAGAGCAGAUGAUGAAGCAGGCAAAAAACUGUCCAAUAAACGACAAUAAAGUUUACAAAAUGUUCGACUACAAACUAUUAACUGUUUAAACUGCAUUAAAGAAGACGUAAUUGUAAACGCCAUGCUUACUUUGCAGUAAUGUAUUCGAACUGCAAGUGAAAGGAGAAAAUCCAUUGCCAUCGGCUCAUUUUACUGUCUGUGUGUCUGUGCCCGUGCAUCUGUGUGCGUGUGUGUGGAAUUAAAAUUGGGUUUGGGGUUGGUAAAUUGUGAAAAGUGUUAAACGCCACAAGACUUUUCCCCCUCUACGGCAAGCAUUUCCAUAAAAAAAGGGGUACAAAUAAAAAUGCCCAGCGCCUCGUUCACAUCAUCGCGCACCUAUGUGCGCCGCUCCAGACGAAAAGGAGCCAAUCGCAUAGCCACGCCAAAUCGUCCCACGGGCAACAUAAUGGAUCCCAUGCUGCAGCAGUCAGUGCAUGCACAGCAAAACAAUACUGCAGCAACAAGCACAGCCUCCGCAUCAGUAGCAUCAGCAGUAGCAGCUGGAAAUAGCAAUAGUUCAAACAGUAACAACAACAACAAUAACAAUGCUGCUCCAAACAGCAGCAAUGCCGCGGAAUACUUUGAUAGUGGACAAUCCACGAGUAGCACUGCUGCCGGACCCUCCGCUGGUCUAAAUCAAAAUCCGUGCAUGAGUAAUAUCUAUAAUUCUGUGCAGAUUAUGGACACCUCCGAUGGCAACUCAACGCCGGCCAGCACCUCAUCAGCCGCCGGCCCAAGCAGCAGCAACAGCAACAGCAAUGGCAUCUCCUGCAAUUCCAAUUUUCCCAGCACAUCGGCUGCCAGUCAGAGCAACAGCAGCAGCAGCAGUAGCAGUAGUAGCGUUUCCUGUUGCCAUCAGUCGCCAUAUGAUCUGCGCCGCAAGAUAUCGGCAGUGAGUAACCACGAUCAAUGGUGCUCCUCUGGUUCGAGCGCUAGCCAAUCGGUGUCUAUUAUGGUGGGUCCAGCCAGCAGUUCGCCACCAUUAUUGAAUCCUAGCAAUUCACCUGCCUGCUCCUCAUCAGCAUCAUCAGCCUCAAACUCGUCGUCAACCUCGUCGUCUUCAUCGCCAUCGGCCAUUGUGCAGGCACCAUCGACCAGUGCCACCUUUCCCGUGAGCAAUGCGCCCACAACAGGUGCCACACUUGCCCAGCCGCCGAAUGUUCAUAGCUCUGUACCGCAGCAACAGCAUUGUGGUGCAUUGCCAGUGGGCGGUGCAGCGGCGGUAAUUGAGGAGAAUAAUUAUAUGCUGCCGGCACGCAAACGUUCGCGCCGCCUCUAUACGCAGAGCGGGGAGACUGACACGGCAGCAGUGCCCAGCAUGGAAGCCGGCAGCGGAGGCAGUGCGGCAAGCGGUGGUGGGCCCACUGCAGCACAGUAUUUGCAGUAUGAGCUAGCUGAUGAGGUGUUGCUGGCCAUUUUCUCUUACCUGCUGGAACAGGAUCUUUGCCGGCUGGCGCUGGUUUGCAAACGCUUCAAUACCAUUGCCAACGAUACGGAACUGUGGAAACGACUCUUUCAAUCUGUAUUCGAGUACGAUUUGCCGCUCUUCAAUCCCGAGCUAUGCAAAUUUGUAUUUGAAAAGCCUGAAGAAUCGGAGUUUGCCAAUCCCUGGAAGGAGAGCUUCCGUCAGCUCUAUCGCGGCGUUCAUGUGCGUCCUGGCUACCAGGAUAGGCGCCAACCUGGACGCAGCAUUGUCUUCUUCAAUACUAUACAAGCAGCUCUCGAGCCGGCCUUUGCCUCGGGUUCCAAUGCUGGCGCUGGCGCUGGCAAUCUUAAUGCAGGUCUCUCAAACACCACCAGCAGCACCGGUACCGGCAGCGGUGGCGGUGGAGGAGGAGCCAGCGUCAAUGCCCUGGCCAAUAUAUACGAAGAGAAUGUGCCGCCAGCGGAGCAUCCGGGGCCACUAAUAUUCCUGCAUGCCGGCCACUAUAAAGGAGAAUAUCUAUUUAUUGACUCCGAUGUAGCACUCGUCGGUGCAGCGCCCGGCAAUGUGGCCGAAUCUGUGGUGUUGGAACGUGAGGCAGGCUCCACUGUGAUGUUUGUGGAGGGUGCCAAAUACGCUUAUGUGGGCUACUUAACGCUCAAGUUCUCACCGGAGGUAACCUCCACUGUGUCGCAUCACAAGCACUAUUGUCUGGACAUUGGCGAGAAUUGUUCGCCAACUGUGGACAACUGCAUCAUACGCUCUACAUCGGUGGUGGGUGCUGCUGUCUGUGUUGGGGGCGUCAGUGCCAAUCCCGUCAUACGCAACUGUGACAUCAGCGACUGCGAAAACGUCGGCCUCUACGUGACGGACUAUGCCCAGGGCACCUACGAGCACAACGAGAUCAGCCGCAACGCCCUGGCCGGCAUUUGGGUGAAGAACUUUGCCAGUCCCAUAAUGCGUGAGAAUCAUAUACAUCACGGACGCGAUGUGGGCAUAUUUACCUUUGAGAAUGGCAUGGGUUAUUUCGAGAAGAACGAUAUACACAACAAUCGCAUAGCCGGUUUUGAGGUCAAAGCUGGCGCUAAUCCCACAGUGGUCAAGUGUGAGAUUCAUCAUGGUCAGACGGGCGGCAUCUAUGUGCAUGAGAACGGGCUGGGACAGUUCAUCGAAAAUCGAAUACAUUCAAAUAAUUUUGCGGGUGUGUGGAUAACAUCCAACAGCAAUCCAACCAUACGCAAGAAUGAAAUCUACAAUGGUCAUCAGGGUGGCGUCUAUAUCUUUGGCGAGGGUCGCGGCCUCAUUGAGCACAAUAACAUCUAUGGCAAUGCAUUGGCUGGCAUUCAGAUACGCACGAACAGUGAUCCGAUUGUGCGGCACAAUAAGAUUCAUCAUGGCCAGCAUGGGGGCAUCUAUGUGCACGAGAAGGGUCAGGGUCUGAUUGAGGAGAAUGAGGUGUACUCCAAUACAUUGGCCGGUGUUUGGAUAACCACGGGCAGCACACCAGUGCUGCGACGUAAUCGUAUACACUCCGGCAAGCAAGUGGGCGUCUAUUUCUAUGACAAUGGACAUGGCAAGCUGGAGGAUAACGAUAUAUUUAAUCAUCUGUAUUCGGGUGUUCAAAUACGCACUGGCAGCAAUCCGGUGAUACGUGGCAACAAGAUCUGGGGCGGCCAGAAUGGCGGCGUUCUUGUUUACAACGGAGGACUGGGUCUGCUGGAACAGAAUGAGAUCUUUGAUAAUGCCAUGGCUGGCGUGUGGAUCAAAACAGACUCGAAUCCCACACUCAAGCGUAAUAAGAUCUAUGAUGGUCGCGAUGGCGGCAUAUGCAUAUUCAAUGGUGGCAAGGGCAUACUCGAGGAGAACGACAUCUUUCGCAAUACGCAGGCGGGCGUGCUGAUCUCAACGCAAUCGCAUCCGAUACUGAGGCGCAAUCGUAUCUACGAUGGGCAAGCAGCUGGCGUGGAGAUAACCAACAAUGCAACAGCUACGCUGGAGCAUAAUCAGAUAUUUAAGAAUAAAUUCGGUGGGCUGUGCCUGGCCAGCGGUGUGCAGCCAAUAACGCGUGGCAAUAACAUAUUCAACAACGAGGAUGAGGUGGAGAAGGCCGUAUCCAGCGGUCAAUGCCUAUACAAGAUAAGCAGCUAUACAUCCUUUCCCAUGCACGACUUUUAUCGCUGCCAGACCUGCAAUACAACGGAUCGAAAUGCCAUAUGUGUCAAUUGCAUAAAGAAUUGUCAUGCAGGACAUGAUGUUGAAUUUAUACGACACGAUCGUUUCUUUUGUGAUUGCGGUGCCGGCACCCUAUCCAAUCAGUGUCAGCUUCAGGGCGAGCCCACGCAGGACACGGACACGCUCUAUGACUCGGCAGCGCCCAUGGAAUCACACACACUGAUGGUUAACUAGGGCAGCCUAUGCACUCGCCGUCGCAGUCACAGUCACAGUCGCAGCAUCAGCAUCAUCAAUAAAAACACUCUAAUGGUAUUUUAUAUUUUCAAUUAAGCUCUCAACUGUUUAGACUUAAGACGUUCGCUAACUCGCUCUCUCCCACAAAAUUGUGUUGCUGUACAUAUUCACUAAGACACACACACCUGCCCGCCUACCCGCCUACAAACACACACACUCACGCCCUCAAUAAUACAAUCGAUUGUAUAUAAAUAAUAAUUAAUCUGCGUUCAAAAUUUAACUCAAUGUGCAAUUUAGUUUAAACCAAUUCAAAAUACAAUUUAUGGAAAUGCAUCGACGCCAGUCCAAUGUCCACAAUCUGUCACAACGAAACAAAACACAUUUUCAAAAUAAUGCAUUUCUUUUUGUACAAGAAACGAGAAUGUUGAAUGAAAAACGAUAUGAUAUGCUAAAGGGUGAUAAACGUGUAUGAGAAACCAGAAAACCCAGUGAAGAAAAACGAUUUUGUAAUGUAGCUAAGUAGUUUUUUUUAAAUUCCAACUAAAAACUAAAAUAACAAAAGCAAAAUGAAGUGUAUUUUAAGCC